AUGAGUGCCCCUUUCCCCUCUGUGCUGCUCCAUCUCCCAGCCCAGCACGGCCCCGGCUGCAGCACAGCCCUGGGGGGAUCUCCUUGCCCUUGCCUGUGGCACGGAGGCAAAUCCCAUCGUGUCCUUGUCCUUCCUCCCCCAGAGCAGGAGCUGAGCAUGGAGAGCAGGGAGGACAAAUGCCCGCGGCAGAACCUGGUGGAAGAGGCCGUUUUGAGCGGCUCCACGGCGCAGGAAGCCAACGGGGAGGAAAAGGCCCGGAGAUGCCGCACGAGGAGGGGCUGCAAACGCAGAUGGCGGGGAUGUGAGGGGGAAAGAGCCAGCCUGGGCCGGGAAGGCGGCCGGAGAUGGAGCCAGAGCUCGGAGCUGGUGCUCCAUGAGCAGCUCCAUGAUGGGGAGAAGCCCCACACGUGUGGGGAGUGUGGGAAGAGCUUCAGGUGGAACUCCGACCUGAUCAGGCACCAGAGGACCCACACUGGGGAACGGCCCUAUGAGUGUGGGGAGUGUGGGAAGAGCUUCAGCCAGAACUCAACCCUGAUCAGUCACCAGAGGACCCACACUGGGGAGAGGCCCUACGAGUGUGAUCAAUGCAGGAAGAGGUUUCAGACCAGCUCCAGUCUCCUCCAGCACUAUCAGAGUCACACAGAGGAGAGGCCCUUCCAAUGCCCCAGCUGUGGGAAGGGAUUCAAGCACAAAUCCCAACUCAUCACCCACCAGCGCAUCCACACAGGGGAGAGGCCCUACGAGUGUGAUAAAUGCAGGAAGAGGUUUCUGACCAGCUCCUCUCUCCUCCUGCACUAUCGGAUUCACACAGAGGAGAGGCCCUUCCGCUGCCCCGACUGCGGGAAGGGAUUCAAGUACAACUCCACCCUCGUCACCCACCGGCGCAUCCACACUGGGGAGAGGCCCUACGAGUGUCCCCAGUGUGGGAAGAGCUUCUCACAGAGCUCUAACUUGACCCAACACCAACGGAGGCACCACUAAGGGAAGCCCUGCGAGUGCCCCGAGUGCGGGAAGAGCUUCGUGCGCUGCUCCAGCUCCAUCCCCCACUGGAGGAGGCACUUUGGGCACAGCCCUGGUGACUCACAUUCCCUGUGAUCCAUGCUGGGAACA